UUGAAAACCAUUUGUAUUAUCUUUUAUUAAGCUUUAUAUAUGUAAUGUUUUAACAGUUAUACUUUGUAGUCUUGUUUUCCAUUAUAUUUUGUUAAUGUUAUAACUUGUGUUAGUGGUUGUGUCAUAACUCAAAGAUAACAGAUCACAUUACAUUACUAAAGGAAAUAGUUGUGAAGCAUAAUGUCCAGGAAUAUUGGUUCACAUGUAUUCAGACAAGUUGUAAAUGGAUCAGUAGUUCAUGUAGAUAUUGGGCUAUGUGAGGACAUUGAUUAUAAUUUCUUUGGUUCUGGUGAUAGUACUGUUACUGAAGGACCUGAUGAUGAUAAAAAUAAUAUUAUAAUAGCAGGCAAAGAAAAGGAUGAAAAGAGUUUGAAAUUGAACCCUUUCUGUGAUAGUAAAAAUUCCAAGAAUGAAAACAUCUGCACUGUUAAAGUCACAGAUGUGAAAAAUGAAUCACAUUCUUCAGUACAGCUUGAUUCUGCAGAUAAUUUAAGGGUUAAAAGAAAUUUGAAGGAAGAAACUUUAAGUUCCAAGGAAGAUGACUGUAUGAAUCUACGAGGUUUAAUGAACUGCAUAGCCUAUGGUGAGAGCAAAAAUAAUGAUGGCGAUGAAGAUGAUGAUGAUGAUGAUGAUGAUGAUCAUGUUGUUACCAAAGUGCAUUCACGUUCCUCUGAUUUCCUUUCUUUAAGCACUGACACUACCUCUGAGAUAACUGAUGUCACUACACGCUCUUCUUCUAGUGGUUGCUCUUCCAUGCCUAAACAUGAACCUGAGGAGCAUCUACCAGAUAAACAUCAUAAGGAUGAUGAAAGAAAGCAACAGAAACAUGACAAACCUGCAGAUGUUUCAUUAGGAACAUCAAUGAAAUUUCUUGUGAAUGCAUUGGACAGUUUUGAUAAGCAGAAGAGGAAGUCAUUAACAUCAAACAUAUCUAUUGGUCAGAGGAACAGACUGGGAAGGAAAAAUAUGUCAUUUUCUAAUGAACAGUACUGGAAAAUUGAAAGAGAAAAUGAGAUAUUGCUAAGGAAACUUCAAGUUCUUCGCAGACCACGACCUAAACAACCAUCUCCACCUAUAAGUCAGCCCAAGUUGCCAAGUUCAGCAGUAAACAGGAGGAAGGAACAAACAAGAAUUGAUCAUGAUAACAUGAUUUUGUUAAAGAAAAUAGAACAAGUAAAGCCAUCAGCACAUAUAGCAGUCAGGAGUUUGUGGAGAUGAUGCAGGUCUGGUGUAAAGGGAAACAAAACCUAAGGGUUAUUUAUAUUUUGAUACAAUUAUAAUAUAUUGAGUAUAACAUAUAUCAAGUUAUAAUGAACUGAGAUGAAUUGUAUUAACACUUUUAGGAAACUGUUUGAAAUGCAUAGAUAGAAUUUACACUUGCACACUACAUGUUGUAUGUAAUGUGUUAAUUUAUUUUUAUGUAACUCAGGAGAUAUGUUUCCAGUGGACCAAUAAUUUCUAUUUUCAUUAUAAUAACAAAUAAAGGUAAGAAAAAUAUUUUUUUUCUACCUCACAACUUUCAAUCUUUAAUCCAUGUGUAUUUAUAGAAACAACAUUUGUGGGCACAUUGAAAGGCCAAGGAGCUACUACAAGAGACUGAUUGCACCAUUUUCAGGUUGUUUUGUCCAUAUUUACCUUAUUUAUGUUAAACAAAGCUCUUUGAUUAAAUCCUU